AUGACAUACCUGAUACUUGACAUGCCAAGGAAGUGGCAAGUCUAUGACCGUUUAAGAGGAGUGGAGCUGUCGAAGGAAAGGUUCCAGUUUAUUUUCAAGUAUGAACACGACUUGGAAGAGGUUCUGAAGAAAAGAGUCUGGACUUUCAAUGAGUGGUCGAUAGUGAUCGACCGUUGGGUAAUCGAGAUAGCUUUUGAUCCAGAAAAGCCACAGAGCAAAGAUUACGUGCGUGUCAAGGUUAAUUUCGAUGUGUCUAGACCGGUCAGACGCUCAAAGGAUAAGUGUCCAUUGUUGAUCCAAAUGCUUAAAGACAAGGCUAAUGCAAGAAGGCAGAGUAUCCUAAAUGCUAAAUGCAACACGGAACCAGUGUUGAAAGAGUCAGACCCUCUGUUAGGUAUCAUAACUAAGGAACAAGUGGGACCUGACCCAUACUCGGGAAGACUACGGAUUUCACCUGAAGUUAUGCAGGAUAUGCGGCUGUAUCUUCUGCCUGCGCAAGGACCAGAGUGCAAAGCCCGUGAGGAGCGUGUGAAACAAUCCAUUCUUGACCUUAAGGAUGACUAG